AUGCAAACUACAACUAUUGUCUGCGGUUUGGCUGUUGUCACGGCUAUUGCUUUGACAUUGUCUAUGAUUGCUGUUGUAUAUUUAAUAAACGAUAUCAAUAAUUUUUACGACUCUGCCAUUGAAAAAUUGAAAGAUUUCAAGGGCCUGGCAAAUUCCGUCUGGCGCGAAAUGCAGUCUGAACCAUCGUUCUUGGUCAGAGUCAGAAGAGAAGCCAAACCCAAAUCAAGACGAAACAGAUACAUAUCCGCAGAGGAGGAAGAAGAUCUGUGCAAUUGUGGCCCCCAACCAUACUCCUGCCCACAGGGGCCGCCUGGACCAGAAGGACUCCCAGGCUUGCCCGGAGAGCCAGGGAUACCAGGUGAACCGGGAAGGCCAGGAAUACGUGGCCAUGCCUCGGAGAAAUACCAAAUAGAAGCAGCCUGUCUGAUGUGCCCCCAAGGUCCCCCAGGUCCUCCAGGAGUAGACGGACAGCCAGGGCCACAAGGCUAUGAUGGAAUGCCAGGCCUAAGCGGAAACCCUGCCAUACCAGGACCGCCAGGACCCCCGGGACCUCACGGCGAUCCAGGACCUCCUGGAGUGCCAGGAUUUCCCGGCAUGCGAGGAGCACCUGGCCUGAGUUCUUUUCGCAUGGGUAGCAACAAAGGUGGACGGGGACCUCCAGGACCCCGUGGACCACCGGGACCUCCCGGCGCCCCUGGCGCUCCUGGUGAGUCAGGGUCGCGAGGACCGCCAGGAGAGAUGGGUCCUGCUGGUAUGCGCGGUGCCCCUGGAAUAAACGGAUACGCCGGUCCACCUGGUAUACCAGGAGUGCCAGGACCAGACGGAGAUUACUGCCCGUGUCCAGAGAGGGUGUACAGAGAUAUAGCUGUCGUUGGUAGCGAGACGAUUACGCGCAAACCGAGUGCAGUUCAUAGUGGAGAAAUCCAUAAACCAGCCUUGAAUAAGAGGAGUGAGGACGAUACAAAACUUACAAGUGUUCGGCCUCCUAAGAUUAUUAGCAAUUAA